AGUCGUAACAUAUGCUUGUUUCUUUAUUUAUCUCUCUCUCUCUUCCCCACCCCAACGUUUACCCCCCCCCCCCCCGCAGCUACACAGUUUGUCAAGUCUGCAGUGGGAGUGCCUCAGCUGUGGUCCCCGGUCACGUCCAUCAGGCCCGCCACCAGCACCUUCCCGGGCUCGGUCACCACAGUGAUUCCGGCCACGGUGACCAUCCGGAGCACGGUGCCGCCUGUGGCCCAGAAGACGCCGGCGCAGACGAGCCCCACCCAGUCCCACCUGCAGCCCAAGUGCCUGACCCAGCCCAUGGCUUCCCUGGCGCCGUCCCAGCCCCCACACUCUCACCUCCAGCCCCAGCCCCCGGCUCUGCCUCGGCCGCAAGCCCACUCCCACUCUCAGCCCAGCAUGCUGCAUCAUCCGCACUCUCUUCAGCUUCCAAACCACGAUCACAAACUCGGAGGGUCAGUCACCGGAAGGGCACGGAUCGAAGAGGAUCGGCAAAAGAGCCAGAAGGGGGCAGGAGAUGUGAAUUUGCAGUCAGGAUGGGCCGAAUGGCCGCAGCCUCCUGCUAGCAGAUUCGUUAACUUCCUCCAGAACACUAACCUCAUCCGGCUAAAGGCAACGGAGUCCGCUAGCCCUGAGAUCAGGCCGAAGCCUGAGGAAGUAGUGAAGAGCAGCGUUCUCCCGCCAGUGCAGAUCACCACCAUCACUACCACUGCUGCUGCUGCCACCCAGCUCAUACACAAGAACUCACUCAACCAUACCACUCCCUUCAAACUGCCUGAGAGCAAUAUGAACAAUGGCGUUCCUAUCCCAAUGGAUUGUCCGAAAUGCAACAUCCAUUUCAACAUCAUGGAGUCCUUGAAGGUUCACAUGGCAUACUGCUGCCCCCAGCUGCUGAAUCCUCCGACACCCACCAAGGCCUCUCAGCAGCAACCCCACCCAGCACCCCCUGCACCGCCGCCACCACCACCUCCUCCUCCUCCCCCACCGCCGCCACCCCCUACCCCACCCACAGUACCACAACAGCAGCAGCAGCAGCAACCGUCUGCCAAGCUGGCUGAGCCCACGCAGGGCAAACUCAUCAUGCUGGUGGACGAUUUCUACUAUGGGCGGGAUGAGGGCAGCACCUAUCAGAUGCUUCAGGAAAUGAAGACCAACACGACCUUCAGGUGCCUCAGCUGUUUGAAACGACUGAAGAACAACAUCAGGUUUAUGAACCACAUGAAGCACCAUCUGGAACUGGAGCAACAGAAUGAAGACACCAUCGAGAACCACACGACCUGCCAGCACUGCUUCCGCCAGUACGCCACUCCGUUCCAGCUUCAGUGCCAUAUCGAGAAUGUGCACAGUCCCUAUGAGACUACCACAAAGUGUAAGAUCUGUGAGCUGGCCUUUGAAACGGAACAGCUUUUCCUGCAGCACAUGAAGGACACCCACAAACCAGGAGAAAUGCCGUACGUCUGUCAGGUGUGCGAAUAUCGCUCGUCGGUGUACUUGGAAGUGGAUAACCAUUUCCGAAUGAUUCACGAGGACACUAAGAAUCUGCUCUGCCCGUACUGUUUCAAAGUGCUGAAGAACAGUAGUGCCUACCAGCAACACUACAUGAAGCACCAGAAGAAGAGUGUCUACCCCUGUAACAAGUGCAGACUCCAGUUCAUCAGCGCCAAGGAGAAAAUGGAACACAAAGUUGAACACCAUAAGACAUUUAAGAAACCGAAGCAGCUGGAAGGACUGCAGCCUGGUACCAAGGUCACAAUAAGAACCUCGAUGGGACAGGCCCGUGCCGCUGGAGGGCCCGUGCAAGAGGUCCCCGCCAGAAAGGUGUACCCCCCGGUGAUGCCUCCGAAGCCACAGGAGCCUCCAGCUUGCUCAACGGUUCACACAGUCCCUUCGGUCCCCAAGCCCGUGCCCAAGGCAGAGAAGAGGAAGGCGGUGGAGAGGAUAAGCCCGUUGCUCAUAGACAUGCAGGACAUAAGGAAGCUGUACGGUAACCAGGUCUGUCUGGAGUGCAACAUAGACAUCACUAACGUCAGCAACGUCAGCAACCACUUCCCCACUUACGUGCACUGCUCCCGCUGUCGGUACAGCACAAGCUGCAGCCGGGCUUAUGCUGAUCACAUGAUCAGUUACCACACUCAACGCGGGAAACCAAAAUACUUGAUGUUUGGAAAAGUGAAGAAAAGCGCGAUUCUACUUGUCUGCACGUCCUGUACGUUUGCCGUCGAGACAGGAGACGGAGACGAGAUGGCCCAGCACCUGGAUCAGAACCCGGGCCACGGACCCUGUUGCUUUGUGACGUUUUCAGUGGGGGAUCGCAAGGGGAAAGCAGCCAAAGUGAUGGAGGAACCACCGCCAGUCUUGCAGUCAAAGCUCACAGCCUCUGAUUCCGAAAUGGAAGAGGUGGGGAAUGGCAGUGCACAGAACCCUAAGGCUGAUGAAGAACGGAAAGAUGAAAGUCUGGAUCCGCCCAUCAGCGAGGUCAGGAGUCCAAUUGCCAAGUCUCAGCAAGUCAAGACUGUGCGGCUGAGCACUGUCUGUUCCAGCAACUACAUCAACGCAAAGAUCAGUACCUGGCCAGCCCUCGCCAGCUCACCAACCCCUCCUGCAGCUGCCAAUGAUGGCAAUGAAUUAGGAGCAGGAGAAGGCCAUUCAGCUCCUCCAGAGCCUGGGAGUCCAAUCUGUGUGGAGGAAGACAGGAGCAGUUCAACUCCCAUUUACAUUGCGGAGGACAAGAACCUCUCAAGCCCAGAACAUCCUGCAGAGGAGGAAAACCGCUCAAGUCCCGUCUGCGUUGCGGAGGACACGAGUGAUUCAAGCCCAGUGCUCGUGGAAGAAGACAAGAAUGUUUUGACUCCUGUGUGCGAAGAAGAGAACCAGAAUGGUUCGAGUCCACCGUGUGUGGCGAACGAGGAUGAGGCUGCCUCGAAUCUGGAGUCUGUUGAAGAGGAGGGCGAGUUGUCCAAGGCAGAUGAUGACGGUGAGAGCCAGCAUCAAGAGUUGCCCCCGAGGAGGAAGUCCUUGUCCGAGCACGAGUUUAAGGUGGUGCUGCACGCAUUGUGCUGUGGCAUGCGGGCUGCCACAGAACGAUACAGCGAGACGCGGAGCCAGGUGGAGCAGUGGCUGAAUGAGUGCGCACAGCAGCUUGAUUUACUGAGUGUCCACAGCGAGUCUGGGGCCUCGACCCUCCUGUCCUCUGAGGCCGAGGAGCGGCUGGUCGAGUGGGUGCUGGUGCAGAGGGAGAGGCAGCUCCCCCUCACCGAGGAGACCUUCCUGCUGAGACUUUCGGAACUGCUGGGGUCCCAGGACCAGGUCGGUGAUUCCGACUCUUUCCGCUGCCUCUGGGGGGUGGGCUUCCUCCUGAGGCACAACCUCAUCGCCUACGCCAAGAUUACGGUGGCCCGUGAACUGCCGAGGGAGAUGGAGGACAAUGCCCGUAGCUUCCUGGAGUUUGCCCAGCGCCAAAUUGCCGGCCGUGACUUCCCCCGCCGAAUGAUUGGCAACAUGGACGAGAUCCCGAUCUUUCUGGAGCCUGAGGUCCUAAGCCGGCCUGAGGGCACCCCGGGGGGCCUGAGGGUGACCGGCACCGGGCAGCCGCAGUUUGUGGUUGUCUUUACCAUCCUGGCAGAUGGUGGCCUGCUGCCCACUAUGGUGUUCUCCCGAGGAGGACUGCCGCCGUGGCUGACGGUACCCACUGGUGUCCUCCUGGAGGUGAAGGAGACAGGCCACGGAGAGUCCGAGGUGUUGGAGCUAUGGCUGAACCGGGUGUGGAGGCAACACGCGGCCCAGGCCCGGCGCGGCCGGAGCGCCCUGGUGCUGGACGCCGAUCGGCAGCACCUCUCCGACGGCUUCAUUGACCGCCUGAGCCGCUGCUGCUCCCUGCCCCUCAUCAUCCCCGGUGGCUGCACCUCCAGGCUCCAGCCCCUCGACAUGUGUGUCAGCCAGGCUUUCCGGAACUUCCUGCAGAAACGCUGGGCUGAGUACGCCCGCGAGGCGCGCUGCUACCGCGAUGUCUACGGCGAUGUGCUACAGUCCCUGCUCAACUGGGUGGCGGAGGUGGCCGAUUUCAUUGCUGCCAAUGGGGACCUGGUGCGGCAGUCCUUUGUGGCUUCCAGCCUGCUGCCGGGCACCACCUCGGCUCAGCACAGGGUGGCGGUGCAGGAGGAGCUGGUCAGCUUCCUGCAGGAGCAGCUGGAGCUGGGUACUAGGCCGGACGAGAACGGCGGAGGAGACCGCAGUCCCAGUGGCCUCCCCUUAGACCCCAGGCUGCUGACCAGGCUGUUUGAGGCAGAGAGUGAUACCGAUUCCUUCCCCGGCUUCCCCGAGAACGAUUUGUAAAUAACCCUGACCAGGCGCUCUUCCUCCUGGGAAAGGUUGGUGGGGUGGGAGGGGGGAGGGGGAGGGCGGGAGUUUAGAUUGAACCAGGCGCAGAGGGAAUGGGAGGAGAUAGGGUGGGGGAAAGAAAGGGCAUGUGCAGAUGUGAGAGAGAGGUGGGGGACUGAGGCCAAGUUUUAGAGGCAGCCGGUGGGACUCUCCUCGAGCAAGAAUGAUGCUACCACCAGCCUGACCUGCGAGCUUCCCCACUCUUCCCUCUGAUUGAAGCAUCAGCUGCUGCCUCUGGGGCAUCUCCCUCACAGACCGACCCCUACCAUCACAGUGCUGUCAGAAGCGCCUGAUCAUGAGCACCGGAAUUAAACUGUCAUUUUCGUAUCUGCCCAUGGUUGGCCCUUUCUGUGCGAGAUCCCAGUCUCUGCUCUUGUGGGGUGAGUCUCUAACUUUUAAACACAAUUUUCCCCCUCUCUUGUCCUACACACACGCACACACACACACCCAGCAGAACUGGGGGCGUCAAGACCUUCUGGGUUACCCGUUCUGACCCCCCUUUCUUUUCCAUUUUGGGAUCAUGUGGAAGGGUGUCCCUCGAGUCGGUCUGAUCCUCGGGCCAGUCCCGAUCGCUGGUAGAUGGACUCUUGGCCCGAGCCGCUCCUUGUGCCCUCCCACCCAGCCACCUCAGGGCACAGGGGCCUGCAGGUGAGCUAAGACUGUUUUGGGGGGUGGAGGGGUGGGCUCGAGACACAGUUUUAACCUACCUCAACAAUGGAGCAGGACUCCCAUGGGACCACUUCCAGUAGCGCCUUGAUGGUUGGUAGCUCGAGGUGUGAGGAACUCUAACGAUGUCUCCCUGUCCCACCAUCAACCCCAAGCCUCACUACUCGGCCUUCCAUUGCAGACCAUUGUUCACUUUUGCAGGUUGCAGGAGAGGGAUGAAUCAACCCACCUGGCAGGUCAGCUCCGCUGAGUAGAGCCCUGGCCCCAGACAUGUGUAUGUGUAUGUAUAAACACACAGUUGAACAGCUGGGAUUUGAAAGCUACCAUAUCCUCUCCACCCUUUCCAAAUGGAGAUGCUGAAAUCAGCUAACUCCACAGCACCUUGGCUCUUCUGGGAUCUUCUGUGUGCUGUGCCCCCCAUGUACUCUUGAAUAAGCUUAUGAUGGCAAUGGUGCAGUCUUGACUGCUUUCCUGAAAACACUACACUGCCCCAAAAGUAAAUCGGUUAAAGACUGCGACACAGGAGGGGGGUGAGUGGGCAAAAUGCCAACAGGAAACAAGGAGCCAAAUCCAGAAUCCUCUGAAAUGGUUGAGUUUGUUCUGGGUCCCUUGGGGCGUGGAUUUCUGUCUUUGGCCCAUAGCUGGGGGGGUUGAGUAAUGUCCUUCCUUGAGGUAGCCAAUUGCAAACUUGCCACCACCACAUCCUCAAAAGAAAAACCCAGUGGUGUGAUGUUUACCACAAUUGAACAGUAAGGGAGUUUAGCUUUACUUCUUGUUUUUAACGGGGUGAGUGUAAUCCACAGGGGUUUGGGGUGGCGGGAUGGGGGGGAUGUUUUAGAAGUUUGUUGAAACUUUAGCUAUGGGGGAAGGGGGUUGGUAUCGUCAACUGGGUCGGGUUCUUUUUUUUUGGCAGAGGGUGCUGGCAGUGUCAGCACGUUGCUUUGAAAGUCUCUUGGCCUCAGGGUGGUGCCAUGUCGGUUUCGGGAUGUGUCGGGGUGGGGGAGACAUGUGUCAGGUAAAACGGUCCUUAGGUGGCACUUUGGUGGGAGGGGCAUUGGUCGAUUCUGCCACAGCUCUGUCCUUGGGGUGAAGGCAGUGGGGAAGUUAAGAGAACCUUCCUGGUGACCUGGGAGGGAGAGUGGGUUAGAGGAAUGGCCCUGUGUGUGUGAACUGGGGCCUGUAGCCUGUGUGUGUGUUGGUGUUGACUUCUGCACAGGCACUAGAUUUUAGGGAGCAGCCUGAAACUCAGCAAUACGGAACUUUCCUAAAGCAGAUAUUCUAAAUGAGUGUAUAAUGAAUGUUUAAUCUCUGCUCAGUUAUUUUGCCACAGUUGUAAAUAAUUGAUGUAUAUAAGGAUCGGUGUUUUUUUUCCUCUCGCUCUCUGUCUUCCUUGGUAUUUUUGUUUUUAUACAGUUGGCUAAGUCACCAGGUCACUCGAAUAUCCUGAUGAUAUGGGACCCAGUUGGCCACCUUCCCCAUUGUGGGUACCUAGGGAUGCCAUAUGGCCAGCUGGUUUAGGGAGCUUUCAGAUUGCAGGUUCAGUGUGAGGAGUGGUAGGGUUAGUGUCCAGGACAGGGCUUCUCCUUUUUCCUUCCUCUCACUUUGUUUCCGUCUCACUCUUUCUUGCUCCCCCUUUCUUCUUUCUCUCUCUUUUGCUUGCUCUCCCUUGGUUCUGUGCCUGUCUCUCUCUCUCUUUCAUUCUAUGUCCCUCUCUUGCUGGCACCCCUUUUUUCUGUGUCUUUUUUUUUCUCUGAUGCUGUCUUUCUUCUGUGCACGUAGCUUCACUUCCCCCUGACUGUCACCGUCUGGUAAGGGCUGCAAGGCUGAUGAAGAUCCCACAGUCUCUCCUCCACCACCACCACCCCCCACCCCCACCCCCCCAUCUUGUUACAGGUUUCCAGCAUCUGCAGUAUCUGCUCUUAUUGCAGGAGGAGGCCAUUCUGCCCUCCUGUCUGUGCCAGCCCUUUUUGAAAGAAGCUUUCACACAGACCGCGCCUCUCUGUUCCCUAACCUGGCAAUUUUUUACCCCCAUCGAAUAUUUACCCUGAUUUCGGACGUGGCAGACACCCAAGUCAUAGGGGGUCCUCUGCAUUUUAAUAAAGAAAAUUCCCCACCCGCCCCUUCCCCUUGCCUUGUGGCAACUCCGCUCGAGUUGUCCUUGCCCAUUUAUUGUCUGGUGACCUCUCCACUGGACGCCAUACCCAUCAAGAGUGCCUGCUUAUGUGGUGGGUCUUCAAGGCUACAACAACACACUCCUCCUCUCUCUCACCCCCCCAAAAAAAAAUUGCUGUCCGGUCCAACACCACUCCCCUGACUCAUGGUACAUAGCUUCCCUCCAUCAUCAAAAAACUGGAAUCCGCUCGCAGGGUGCAGCUGGGAAAGCUGAUCCACCUUUGCGUUUUUUUCUACCUUAAGAACAAAUUGUAUGUGUGCAGGUGAUGACUGAUUUAGGUAAAACUACUUGUGCUCCAUGGUGUGACCCCUUUUAGAAGUUAGCCACCCCAUUUCAGUGUGCCCUCAUCAUCCCUUUCACAUGAAACACCUCCUAUCCCCCUGCGUUGGUUAGUUCUGGGUGAAUUUGUGGACAGGGUGAGGGAUGUGGUAGCUGUUUUACCCUAGCGCAGUUGUAGGUUGAUGGCUGUGAAUGGAAGUGAAUUUUUAGUUGUCACGCGGGCCACCCCCAGCUUUUCAUUUUAUGGUGUCAUUUACUGUGAGGGUUGGGUGCAACUAAAUGCAAGGUGCUAGCCUGGGGAAUUAUCUGAGACUCUUCUUCACCCUGGGGUCUGAGCGUGUAGUGUAGGAGGAGGGGCGCAGAAGUGGGAGCAAGAGCUGUGCGAGACGUAGGCCGGCCUGGUGCUGUCUAAGGGGAGAUUUUCUUUUUUUCUCUCUCUCUCCCUCUCUGUCUCGGCAUCGGCCCCGGCACGAUGGCUGGAAAGAGGAAAACAAACAAAAACAUUUUUUUAAAAAAAAAACCCUUCUUUUUCGUCAUGACAGGGGUAAGUAAAACCUUAGUUUUUUUUCUAAAAAUAAAAUAUAGUCACGGUUCGCCGAGCGGUGGCCAUUGGGGUUUCUUUUCUCCCUCUCUUAGAGAGUUAAGCUGAUGUACGAUAAUUUGCAUGGAUUACUGUAACUUUUGAACUUUUUGUGUCACUGAGCUUUGUUUACGUUUUGACCCCUUCACCCCAGUUGCUUUGUAAGUAAUGGACAAUGUACCUGUAAUUGAGAAAGGACGAGGAAAUAAAAGUCUUUUUUUUUAAAAAAAAA